UGUAACUGGAGGCUGCCAGUGCCAGGUUCCCAGAUGGGCACCAACCACUGCUAUCAGUACUAAUGGAUGGAGAGGGUGCAUUACCAGUGUAGCGACCCCAGAGUCUGACUCCCUACAGACUUACAGUGUUUGUAUACUUCCUAUCCAGGUCACUAUACAAGUGUUGCUGAAUUUAGCGGGAAACGCUUCGGGAGAAAAUCUUUGUGCAUUUUGCGGUUCAUUAGGCGUCGGUGAAAUUACAUACGACUGUAUGCUGAACUGUGAGAUCAGCAAUGUGGAAAGGUUUUCUCUGCGGUAUUUGCUUUUGCCAAGGAAACACUGGCUCGAGCAUUUCCCACUAAUAUGUACCAAUGGAAGAGACAAAGACGACUCCAAGUCCAAGGGCUAGAGGACCGCCCCACUUGAGGUACUUGUCGCUGGGAGCACAGGCAGCAGUCAGACUGAGACCUCCCACUACUCCCGCCGUGUAGAGAGCUGCACGACCCACCAGGGGACCAGCAAAGGCGACGAGAGGUGCCAUGGUGAGUCCCAUGAUGGAGGUGAAGAGGGUGAAGGCCCCGAUCUUGGCAGGCAGAGUCUCUGGAGUGUAAGGGACUGAGUAGCAGAGGAGGGCUGAUCCGAUGGAUCCCACACCAAACAGGAGCAUCGAAGCCAUAGGCCGGCCAGCCAUGAACCUCAUGACUGAGGUAGCUCUGGUGGCUGCAAACGCUGCCACUGACGUCACUCCAAGACCACUCGCAAAAGAGGUGUACGUGCUGCUGACUCUCUGACGAACAGCUUCAGGCCAGAACCUUGCUCUGUCGAUGGCACCGGCCUCAUUGGACAGUCCCAGUCCAUAGAAACACAGACUCCCAACUCCAAAUAGAGCACCGCCUCCCAGGAUAGCACGGCCUAUGUUAUCCCCUCCGAACCUGGCCCUCAGUCCGCUGCCCUCGACAGGAACGGCCCUCACAGUUCUGACCUCCCCACUGGCCAGUCGCCUCCACAACCGCCCCACCAUCUCCCUCCCUCCUCUUCCCACACCCAGCUGAGCUGGUCUGCACAGCGCCACCGCACUUUUGGAGAUGGUAAAUGCCAGCAUUACUUCUCCGUUGCAGCACGCUAAAGGUUGAUGCAAUGGUUCUAAAUAGUGCCCACCUCACCCCUGCACUUUGUUGUUACCUUGGAUACGGAAAACAACAGCGUGCUCCAAGCCUGGCCAGCAAGGAGUGGAGUGUUCAGGUCUUGAUCUCGCACUGAGCCUCGCGCAAGGAUGUCUCACUGGUAAGAGUAUUAACAUUCGUGCACAACUGGACCUAUGGCUGACCGCGAACUCCCCGUUUUGAAGGCUGUACAACCACCAGUGGCACUCUGCUCAGCAGGGUAUUGGAGAUCUACUACUGGAACAUGAGCUCCCACAACAACCUCCGAAACCUGAAAAGGACAAGGUGGUAGCCUUCAACAAGGUGGCCACCAUGUACAUCAGGUAUACCCUGGUCUUCCGAAAGCUGGAGGAGUGCUACGAUCAGAUGGUGCAUCCGCAGAAACGCAGACUCAUUAGACACAUGCUUGAUGGAACCAUUGGAAGGAUACUGGAGAUGAAGCAGGAGCUGUUCAGUUUGGAGCUACUGGAGUACAGCUACUUUGAUGACCUUCUGACUGACAUGAAACUUACUCCAGCAGAUGUGGAGCUGCCCAUCCCGCGCUACUUUCUGAGCGAGAAUGCCAAGGUUCUGAAGGAGAGAGAAAAGCUGCUGGGGUCCAUCCUGGCUCAAAUGGAAGCUCAGAAUGACACCAAGCCAGAAGAAGAGGUUACAAUGACAACAGAGGAAGCUAUCCAACUCAUUCAAGUUCAUGAGAGGGCUCGCCAAGGUCAACUUAGGGCAAGGUUCAUGAAGGAUAUAAAACUCCAGGCAGAGAGAGACAAACAGUCAGAGCUGAGAGGUCACCCUAAACUGGACAAGACCAUGGCUGCCACCAUCAUUCAGAAGAUGUGGAGAGGGUUCUCCCAGAGAAGAGCGGUGGAAGCCAUGAGAGCUGAAGAACUCGUCUUCCUUGGAAUGGCACUGCCUGUUGUCAAAUCUCAGAGGCACACGGCAGCUUACCUGGCCAGGAAGACUGAGGAGAAGAGGCAUGGAACUCAAGAACAGUAUGAGAAGGAGUAUAUCGAGGCUCUGGACACAGUGAAGCAGAGACUGGAGGAGACCGAGGGACCGGACGUGAAGGAACAGAUGCAAGACCAAAUCAGACAGUGGUUUAUCGAGACCAGGGAUGCCACGGGCAAGUUUCCCGACUAUCCAGAUGAGGAGGAGGGAGGUUCAGAGGCCAUCUUCAAGAAGAGAGAGGAGCUAAAAGCAGAUGAUAAUGAGGAAGGUAAAGGAAAGAAAGGAAAAGGCAAGAAAGGAAAAGACAAGAAAGAAAAAGGAAAAAAGGGCAAGAAAGGAAAGAAAGGGAAAAAAGGAGACGAAGAAGAGGAAUCGGGAUUUGUGUUGGCUCCAUCUAAUUUCGUCCCUACUCUAAACGAUUCGUCACUAAACUAUGCCAGUACGUGGCAAGAUCGAGAUGAGUCUGUUAAUCUGCUGCAGAAACAUGAUGUUGAGCUUAUCAAAGAUGCCAAGAGGGUAGAGAUUGAGGCAGAGAUAAGGAAACAGGUCGAUGAGCUAAUGAGAGAGGAGCUCAAGAACCUCAAGUUGGCUAUUGAAAAAGACAAAGGGAAGGGUAAGAAAGGGAAGAAAGGGAAGAAGGGUAAAAAAGGAAAGAAAGGUAAAAAGGGCAAGAAAGGCAAGAAAGAAAAAGAUCUGACUCCAGACAGGUCCAUAGAGGAUCUAUACACUGAGCUGGUGAGAGAAGGGAUCAUCGUCAAAUGUCCCAAAACUCGUCUCUCUGAAUAUGUGGGAGAGUACAGUUUCCUGGCUACUACACUGCGGAGAUCAGGGAUUGAGCCCAUGCCUUCAGUGUAUGACGUGAAGAGACUGGUGACUGAGCACUGCAUUCUACCCAUGGGGUCCCAAGCAGUACACGAGAAGGCCCCUCACAUCCCGUCGCUAAUGAUCACUGGUCCCCGUGGAGUAGGGAAGAAGAUGCUGUUGCAGGCAGUCUGUACUGAGGUGGGGGCCAAUCUGUUUGACCUGACUCCUGCCAACAUUGCUGACCGCUACCCCGGCAAAGCCGGCCUCAACAUGCUGCUUCACAUGGUCUUCAAGGUGGGGAAGGCUUGGGCUCCAUCAGUGGUCUUCAUUGGCGACUGUGAGAAGACUUGGAUGAAGAAGGUGCCCAAAACUGACAAGAGUGACCCCAAGAGGGUAAAGAAGGCACUGCCCAAGAUCCUCAAGACCUUGAAGCCAGAACACAGAGUUCAGAUCAUCGGAGUCAGCUCGGCUCCAUUCGAUGCAGAGGUAAAGGGACUGUGUGUGAUGUACCAGAGAAUAGUAAUGGUUCCAAGACCUGACUAUGCUUCCAGAUACGUGAUGUGGAGGGCCAUGAUAGAGUGGGUGGGUGGGGCCGGCUCCAUCAGUGGGGCCCUGGACCUCAGCUCCCUGGCCAAGAUCAGUGACGGCUACUCGGCCGGCCACAUCGACAAGGCUGUCACCUCUGUUCUCUCAGAGAGAAGAGUUCAACAGUUGCGUCGUAAGCCGUUGACGGCCUCUGAGUUCCUAGCACCUCUCUCCAAGAUGGAUCCCAUCUAUGCAGAAAUAGAAGAUGGAUUCAAGAACUGGUUUGGGAAGACUCCACUGGGUAAGAAGAGGAGUAAGGCAGUUCAGGGAGGUGAUGCAGACGCUGGGGCCAAGAAGGCCAAGAAAGGGAAGAAGGGAAAGAAAUAACUCACACACCAUAUCACCAUGCAUUCUACAUUCUUCACAACAAUAAGUUAUUGUGCAAAUUUUAGGACUAAGGAAGCAGUUUGAUUUUCUCGCGUAUUUACAAUCAUACUGUAAAGUAUGUGGCAGUGGCAUAAUUAUCAUUCAGACGACAAGGUUGGCUCACUUUACUCACUGAUGAUGAAGUGAUCGAUGCCAAGAGGAUAAGUGAUCGUGGUUUCUAAGUGGCCGCGAGAAAUGCUCCAGUGAACAAUACUGCAAGCAACAGCCUCAUUUCCUGGAAUGACCUCCUACUAUGGUGUUAUCAGCGACGACACUUGUUCUUCCAACCUGUUUUAUAUCACCACUACAUUAAUUUGAGAUUUUCCCUCUUGUUAAUUAUUAUUUAUUUUGUGAGGUGGAGUUGUGAUUCUUGCUUUAUUGUUGAAGGCUGGGUUCACAAUACGUCACAUUGCCCCUGUCGCAUAUAUAGCGCUUUGUCGCGUCCUGCUGCGAAG